AUGUUGCUUCGGAGAUGUCUGAUUAUGACGAACUUAUUGCCAACUUUCAAGGAAAGAAUCUUUCUACUAACAACAUCUUUGUUCCCAAGUGGAAUCUCACUGAUGACUAUCGUCUCUCUAAUCAAGAGGUUGCUGCAUAGUUUUCACAUCACGCAUUUCCCAAGGGUAUUGUUUCUGAGAUGGAGGCCUUUUCUGAUGACCAGACGGUUGAGUUCAUGGAAUUUGCUUCCAAUCAGAGUCCCUUCUUCCUUACUACAUGAGCUCGGCAUAUUCGAAAUCUUAAGAGCAUUGUGGUCAAACUUCAUGCAAAUGAAAGGAAUGCUCAGCAACACACCACCUCUUUGGAAGCUAAGGUCGAAUCUUCUCACCAAAAAUUGGAAUUGUUGGCUAAAAAAUGAAGCCCUGAGUAUUCGUGUAGAGAGCUUAGAGAGGGAACUUUUGGAUAAGGAGAAGUUGUUGCUUGACCGCAAGGCGGAGCUAUCCCAACUUGGUGGCAACUUGGACUGGCUUGUCAAGGAUGGGAUUGUUAGAAUUGUUGACAAGGUUAUUGAGCUUCCAAAUUUUCUGCAAGGCGUUGGCCAGAUAAACAACAUGUGUUUUGAUGCAGGCGAAGAAUUAGGAAGGGAGCUACUGCGUAAAGAAAUUGUUGUUAGGACGUUUGAUCCUAAUGUUUCCAGUUCUACCUCUAGUCAUACUGGAGAGAUAGUAGAUGCCAUUGACUCAUUUUUCACAUGUGACUAUGCCUCCUUGAUGAAUCUGGGUUCUCUGGAUGUUAGUGGUCUUCUUCGGCUCUGUGUAGAUGAUGAUAAUGGAGGGGCAAGUCCUAGUAGCAACAUCAAGGUCACUGGCUUGGAUGGAAAUGUUGGUACAUGA